CAGAUCAAAUUUACUCUUACACUCAUCCACCGGAUCAAAACGCAAUUACUUAAGGCAAAGCGAUUAAGCAAAGUAUAAUAUAGAGAGAGAGAUAAUAAGAGUGAUGUGCGUGUAUGUAUAUAUUACAAAUACACUUGAAUUGAAUUCUCGUUUUCAUUCCGGGAGAGGAGAUGGGAAGAGCAUUUGUGUAUGUUAUUUUGGGAGGAGGAGUAGCGGCUGGAUAUGCAGCUCUUGAAUUCACUCGCAAAGGUGUUUCUAGUGGUGAACUCUGUAUUAUCUCCCAAGAAUCUGUGGCGCCUUAUGAGAGACCUGCCCUGAGCAAAGGUUUUCUACUUCCAGAAGAUCCAGCACGCCUACCUUCAUUUCACACUUGUGUGGGUGCAAAUGAGGAGAGGUUAACUCCAAAAUGGUACAAAGAACAUGGAAUUGAACUGGUCCUUGGGACUCGAGUUAAGUCUGCUGAUGUGAGGAGGAAGACACUAUUGACUGCAACAGGAGAAACUAUAAGCUACAAAUUUCUCAUCAUUGCAACAGGGGCUCGGGCUUUGAAGCUUGAAGAAUUUGGAGUUAGUGGGUCGGAUGCUGAAAAUGUGUGUUAUUUACGCGAUUUAGCUGAUGCAACCAGACUUGUCAGUGUGAUGCAAUCCUCAGCAGGUGGGAAUGCUAUUGUCAUUGGUGGGGGCUACAUAGGAAUGGAGUGUGCUGCUUCAUUAGUGAUUAAUAAGAUAAAUGCCACCAUGGUUUUUCCAGAGGCUCAAUGCAUGGCUCGUUUAUUUACACCAAAGAUUGCUGGUCAUUAUGAGGACUAUUACAUAUCAAAAGGAGUCCAAUUUGUUAAAGGAACUGUUUUGUCGUCAUUUGAAUUUAACUCCGAGGGAAAGGUUACGGGGGUUAAUCUUAGGGACGGGAGUCAGCUUGCUGCAGAUAUGGUAGUUGUGGGGAUCGGGAUCCGUCCAAACACAAGCCUGUUUGAAGGCCAACUCACAUUAGAGAAAGGGGGAAUCAAAGUUAAUGGACACAUGCAAUCGAGCAACAGCUCUGUCUAUGCUGUUGGCGAUGUCGCGUGUUUCCCGGUCAAACUAUUUGGUGAGACUCGCAGACUUGAGCAUGUUGAUUCAGCUCGGAAGUCAGCAAGACAUGCUGUUGCUGCAAUAAUGGAACCAAGCAAAACACUGGAGUUUGAUUACCUUCCAUUCUUCUACUCUAGAGUCUUUUCAUUGUCCUGGCAGUUUUAUGGGGACAACGCAGGAGAAGCAAUUCAUUUCGGUGAUUUCUCAGGAACCACUUUUGGUGCGUAUUGGGUAAGUAAGGGUCAUCUCGUAGGGUCUUUUCUUGAAGGUGGAACCAAAGAGCAGUAUGAAGCUCUAGCUAAGGCAACCAGGCUCAAACCACCUGUUGAUGAUUUAACUGAGCUUGAGAGGCAGGGCCUGAGUUUUGCGUUAACAUUAAAGCAUGAUCCAUUACCAACCCCAACUGUCAAUGUUCGCAUUCCUGAUAUAGUUGUGGAGAAACCAAUAUAUGCCUGGCAUGCAACUGCUGGUGUUAUUGUGGCUGCAUCAGUAGCUGCAUUUGCGUUUUGGUAUGGAAGAAGACGCCGAAGAUGGUGAGCUUAAUACGAAGGAUUUCAGUGCACUGCUUAUCAUUACUGUAAUUUAAUGUAACAAUAUUAGGUGUAGGGGCUUCAAAGUUCUUGAUCUUCAAGAUCAACGCAUCAUUAAACCAUUAAAUGGAUCACAAUAUUCUUUAUUACUAUUGUAAAACUAUAUCUAAUCAUACUCGAUAUGAUGUUGAGGA